AUGGAGGACGGGCGGCCGAGCGGCCUGGGGCGCGCCGUGUGCGUGCUGACCGGGGCCUCCCGCGGCUUCGGCCGCGCGCUGGCCCCGCUCUUGGCCCCGCUCCUGGCGCCGGGCUCCCUGCUGGUCUUAAACGCCCGCAGCGACGAGGCGCUGCGGCAGCUGGAGGCUGAACUGGGCGCCGGGCAGCCCGGGCUGCGCGUGGUGCGAGUGCCCGCCGACCUGGGCGCCGAGGCCGGCCUGCAGCAGCUGCUCGCCGCCGUCCGCGAGCUCCCCAGGCCCGAGGGGCUGCGGCGGCUGCUGCUUAUCAACAACGCGGGCACUCUUGGGGAUGUGUCCAAAAGCUUCGUGAACCUGAAUGAUCCAGCUGAAGUGAACAGCUACUGGGCCCUGAACUUGACCUCCACGCUGUGCCUGACCACCUGCAUCCUGAAGGCGUUUCCUGCCAGUCCCAACCUCAGCAGGACAGUAGUGAACGUCUCAUCUCUGUGUGCCCUGCAGCCCUUCAAGGGCUGGGCCCUGUACUGUGCCGGGAAGGCUGCCCGGGACAUGAUGUUCCAGGUGCUGGCUGCCGAGGAGCCCAGUGUCCGGGUGCUGAGCUACGCCCCAGGUCCCCUGGACACAGACAUGCAGCAGUUGGCCCGGGAAACUUCCGUGGACCCAGACUUACGCAAGAGGCUGCAGGAGCUGAAGGCCAGAGGGGAGCUCGUGGACUGCAAGGAGUCAGCCCAGAGGCUGCUGAGCCUGCUGCAGAAGGACACGUUCAAGUCUGGAGCCCACGUGGAUUUCUACGACAAAUGAAUCCAUGUCCUGAGCCUCCCUGGGGAGUGGGCACACCCACAGGCCUCAUGGCUCCCCCCAUCCUGCCACACUGCCCUGCACCCCUGCCUUCCCAGAGAAGCUCUCGUGCCUCCUGUCCUGCACCCAGAGACAGCAGUCUAAUGGAGCCCUGACGUGGCUGGCGUCACCAGCUGUCAGGAGUCUGCACAGGAAGUCCCUGCAGGAGCCUUCAGAGAGUAGUCACACAUGUUGGUGUCCCCUGUCCCCAGGAACAGACUUUUAGGGAAAGAAGCUGAGAUACUACACCAAGGAGGUUGGGGCAACUGCCCGUGGUCAGUUCCUGGGGAGUGAUCUGAAGUCACAUGGAGGUCCAAGUCAGAGCACAGAUGGCGCAGGUGCCAGCUCUUGUGGGUGCCCCCUGCUCAGGGCAGUAGGACCAGGACCUCCUGUUGAACAUCACGUGCUUGUUCUGGUGCCUCCUCCCUCCGGAAUAGACCAGCCCUUGCCCAGGUUGAGCGCCUGUAUCCCCAACAAAGGCAGAUGGAAAUAAAAUACAGAUCACCC